GUCCUUAACCAAUUUAGAGUUUCAGAGACAGGUUAGAUAAUAGAAAGGGCAUCUUGUGGUGAGAAAUGAUUCUGGCUCUAGCUACCUUGUCCUUUACCAAGUUAUAUUACGCAUAAAUAACCCUAGUUGAAGGCAAACGCAUCAUCAUCAGUUGAGGAAGCAAGCGGCUGAGCUAGCUUUGCCAAAUAGGGUUUAGGGAUGGCGAUUGGGAAAGUUUGGCAUGAGUUAGAAGUGGAGGUGCCUGCAAGUGAAGCAUGGGAGCUCUUCAGCACGCUUGCACUGGCAAGAUUCGUGGAACAACAACUUCCAGAUAUGAUUGAAAAAGCUGAAGCCAUACAUGGUGAUGGAGGGGUUGGGACUAUUGUCCAUGUCAAAUUUGCAUCAGGUGCUGAACACAAGGAAAAGUUCACAAAGAUAGACAAUGAGACGCGAGUGAAAGAAGUGGAGGUGAUUGAAGGUGGAUUUCUGGAUUUUGGACUGAGCUUAUACCGGGUUCGGUUUGAAAUCAUAGAGAAAUUAGGAGCUGCAGGUGAUUCGGAACCUUCCUGCUGCUGCAUCAUCAAAACCACAGUUGAAUAUGAUGUCAAGGAAGAGACGUCUGAUGCUUCCAACGCCUCCUCGCUUGUCUCUAUCGAGCCAUUCGUUACCAUUGCAGAGGCAGCAAAGAUCCAUCUCAUGAAAAACAAUUUGUACUCAAUUAAACAGUUCCGUGAACAUCAUCAGUUGAUGCAAUGUCAAAUUAAUUUGGAUCCCUACCUUAAAAUAUUAUCUGCUUUAAUAAGUGUUUCAAGUUGGAUGAACUGCUCAUCAUUGAAGAUCUUGUUUGUUUCUUCAGAUUCUGAAAUUUUGAGAAGCAAAUUUAGCAACUUGGAAUUAAUUUUGUUAAUGGCUUAUUCGAAAUGGUUUUCUCAGGUCAGGUAUGACGCAUGAAGCUGGGUUUCUUUUUCAGGUUAAUACAGCUUCUUAGUCCGAUGCUGCACCAAAUAUUUUACUAAAUUAGUCCAAUUUAGUCCCCAAAAUUAGUUCAAUCCGAGAUAGUACAAUGUAACAAACGCA